AUGAAACGUUUGAAGCAGCAGCUCUACUCAGAUCCUAUACCAGUUGAUAUACUAAUCGAUAUAUUCUCUCGAGUCCCUAGAAAAUCUAUAGAUAGGUUUCGUUGCGUAUCGAAAUUCUGGGGAUAUGUAGUUCGUCGUCCUGACUUCACAGAGCUGUUUCUGACCAAGUCGUCCACUCGUCCACGGAUCCUUUUCACCGUAAAAGAUAAAGGCAAGUUAUUAUUCUACUCUUCACCUCAGCCUCAAAAUCCAGAUGAUAACUCUACUCUUGUAGCCACACGUUAUCAUACGUCUUUUCCAAAAUAUGUUCCAUCUGAUUCUGAUGAAUGUUCUACGGUUGGUGGAUUGGCCCUCCUUUACGAAGUUAGAGAAGGAAAAGUGAGCGUGAUUUGUAACCCUAUCACGGGGGAGUUCCUAACCUUACCCAAGGUGCUUCUAAAAGACAAAACCCUAACCCAAGUGAAAGCUAAGGGUUUCAAGAAAGCGAAAGCUGCGGUUCCAAGAAUCUGUCUUGGCUAUGAUCCGAUCAGCAAACAGUUCAAAGUAUUGUGUGUGAUCUCGUCAGGUUGUGAAGGACCCAAUACUCAUCAGGUUUUGACAUUGGAGUCUGGAAAACCUUUGUGGAGAAGGAUCGAAUGCGAGUUUCAUUUUAAUAGUAUGUUUGAUAACAUCUGCAUAAAUGGUGUUUUGUAUUUCAGGGCUAAGUUGGGAGAAACUUCUGUGGUAGUUUGUUUCGACGUUAGGUCAGAGAAGUUCGGCUUUAUUAACUUAGAUAAAGACGUGUUAGGAGAGGAGGAUGAUGAUUAUGAUGAUGGUCGUUUGGCUUUGUUCAACUACAAAGGUAAAUUAGGUUUACGUGAGGGAACAGAUUAUUGGAGUACAAAAGAUGAACUUGUGUUGUGGGUGCUAGAAGAUGCUGCAAAUCACAAAUGGUCCAAGCUGACUUACGAAUUGCCUCGUUUUCUCAGAAGGGAACAGUUUGUUGGAAUGACUCGUACAGGAGACAUCGUAUUCUUGUCGUUCCCGUUCUUCUACCGACCAAAUAAUUUCUGUCUUUACUUCUACAAUCUCCAGAGCGAAACCGUUGCAAAAGUCAAUCUUAAUGGAUUUGAAGAGUUUAAGAAUUAUAGAGCUUUUGACAUCUUUCUAGACUACGUGGAGAAUCUGAAGUUUACGUAG